CGGAGGUUAAUUAUUUUGUCAGGCAACAGUUCACUGACAUGUUCACACAUUCGCCUCUGUGCGUGAGUGGGUGGGUGCAGAGGUGUGCAUUGCAAUACUAGCCUUUCUAAAGAGCCUACACACAUUUCCCUCGCUCACUUGCUCCUCAGCCAUGGAUCUGAAAGUUUUCUUCGUGACUGUCUUUCUGUUUGCUUUUGCAAUUACAUCUCUUGAAGCUGUCCUUCCAAAAUGCUGCGUCAAAACCAAAAAGAACAUCUCUCCAAUUAUACUGCGCAAGGUUACGGGAUGGGAGAUGCAGCAAAGUAACGGUGCCUGUGACAUCAAUGCAUUGAUAUUGCAUGUAAAGGGAAUGAGAAAGCCCAUAUGUGCUCAUCCCUCUGUGCUGUGGAGGCUCAAGAGGAAGAAGAGGCAUGACGAUCAGGGAUCAUCUUCCUGAGAUUCAGAAUGAAAGAUUUCAUCUGUCUGUAUUUGAUUUUCAAGUGUUUUUUAAGAUUUUUGUGGUUGUUGGUUUCUACUGUGCAAGGUAUCCAGGAAAACCUAAACUAAACACUAUAUGUUUCUACCCACUAUAUCUCAGGGGAAAUGUACUUUUUCAAUGAUUACUUUUGGGGCUUUUGCUUUUAUUAGAUAGGAAGACUUUAGAGAGACGAGAAAUAAGUGGAGAGGUGGAGAGAGAGUGGGGAAAGACGUGCACCAAACACAUCAGGAUCAGAGCUUAAACCUGCAGCCAGUGCAAGGGCAAGCACCUGGACCCCAAUUUAGUUUAUUUUUACUCAGUUGAUACUUCUCUUACUCCUCACAUGUCAAGAGUUUUAGAUGAAGUUCAUAUUUUUAGGAGCCCUGUUGAGCUCAUUUGGUAGAGGCAACACCCCAUGUACAGAGAAGUCCUGAUCGCAGGUUCACCCUGGAUCCUGAUGUUAAUUGAUGCAAUUUGCAUAUUUUUGUGGUACAUUUGUGUUGAUUUAUUUUGAUUUUGUUAAGAGACCUUAAUGUUUAUGGUCUUUAACUCUAAAAUACUUGGGUUUUUUAACCUCUUCUUUUACACACUAUUUGUGAGGAAAAGUAAAGCCUGCCUAAAAUGUGAUUUCUGUGUUGUUUUUCUUAUGUGGUAUUUCACGAGUGUCUGAAUUGGAGCGUAUAUUGAAAAAAGAUACAGUCAAACUAAAGCAGACAUCAAGGAAUUUUCUUCAUGUGUUUUUUUGUUUGUUUGUUUGUUUUUGGUUUUUUGUUUUGCUUUCAAUCAUUUAGACUGGAGGGUUACAAGUGAAACUGCUAUGUAUACUUCGUUGCAGCUAAUAGUACUCCUGAUCUUUAAUAAAAUUGAGGCAAAACAAACAUAAGCUGUCCUUGUUCAGUCUUGUCCCACUAUGUAACAUCAACUUGGCUUCACUGUCAUGACAAAUCAAGAUGAUCUGCUACUCCAAACAGGUUGUAAAAGCGUCACUGAUGUGAUUUAUGGGGUUAUUUGGUUUCAGUCCAAAGUGUUCUCAAACACAUGAUAAAGAAGUGGCAGACCCUUAAGCACAUUUAAUCCUUUCUCUGUACAGCUGUUUUCUUCAGCACAUCUGGAGGCACGAUGUUUUCAGGUUGUUCCUCAAUACAUUCAUACACCCAGGCCAUUCUUGUAAACACAAUAUCUCAAUAACGAGAGGAUUUCCCUCAAAUGUUGUACAAAUGUCCAUUCUGACUCAGGGGUGAACUUAUUAGACUUUGCUGGUCAUUGGUCAAAUCAAGAUUGUUAUGUGUCAUUUUCAUCUCUUACUGGUAAACAUGAUAUCUCAAGAACAUUUUGAGAGAUUUUCCUUAAACAUUGUACACAUGUCCAC